AUGAAUGGUGACCGUGACCGCUGUCUGUGGUCGGGCAUGGAUGAGUACGUCACCAAGCCUCUGCGCGUCGAAUCGCUUCUAUCUGCAAUCGAGCGUUUCAACCCGCGCAUGUUUAACGAAAACGGCGAGAUCGUGCCCAUUAUUGACCCAGUGUCCAGCGACUCGAGCGACUCGAAUGACGGUUCUCCCGGGGAUAAUCAUGACGGAGACUACGGAGUUCAUGACUAUGAGUUUUCAGACGACGAGGGUGACAAUGGUGGCAAUGCUGAUAAUGGUGACGAUGGUUUCAGCGACAGCUCGACUAGUGACGAAAGUCUGACUCGUGACACAGCAAGCCCGUUUGCGACCUCGGCAGCCAUAGCAUCUGCAGGACGGCGAAGACGAGGACAAAGACACAUUGGCAGCGGCCGCCUCAAAGGGAGCAAAGGCAAGAGCAGCCGUGGGCGCUUUGACCCCAGCAGCAGCGAUAUUCACACCGCUGCCUUUACCCAUGCCCGCGCUCUGGCAAUGUCCAAGCCUCCUGCUCGUGAUGGCUCCGAGGCUGAAGAAGACCCCUCGCUGCGAGCAAUGCGGCAGAUGCGUGCUGCACGAGAGCUGCGCAAGUGGGUGCGGCUAUACAAGCGCGAGUAUGGUGACGACCUGGACAAAAUGCCGGGCAUGUCUGACAUCAAGGCCAAGCUCAAGGGCAAGGCCAAGAAGACGACAGAUGGCGCCGAUGGCGAAAACCGGCCCGCCAAGUCUCCAGUCAUUUCACAGCCGUUGGGAUCGGGGUCGAGCGAGGAGGGCGCAAGGGCAACAUUUUGUCCAAAUCGCGGUCAACUGCUGUUCUGGGAACACUCUCGCUUUCAGCAGCGCUCAAGCAGCCCAGGGCUCGGCUUUCAAGGCCAGCGCCAGAGUGCUGACUGA